AUGAAAUCAAUAAUAAUUGUUUUUGUUACUAUUUUUAUGUUGGCAUAUGUGAAUGCUGGAAUAUGGACAACAUGUGGUACUCCUGCUGACAAAGUAAGUAGUAGAAUCACUCCAAAUCCACCAGUAAAGGGUCAAGAUUUGACUAUUUCCGUUGUUGGUAAUAUGACAGAGACCGUGAAUGGCGGUAAUGUACACAUCAAUGUAAAGUACGGGUUCAUCGUUAUCAUCAACACCGACGAGCCAUUAUGCCAAGUAGGUCCCCCAAUUCCAUGUCCAAUUCAAGCUGGACCCUUCAGUAAGUCAUUGACCGUUAGUAUACCAUCCAACUUGCCAUCUGGAGAGUACAAAGGAAAUCUUGUUCUUACUGAUCCUUCUAAAAAUGAGAUCGCCUGUGUUAACAUCGAUAUUCACUUUUAA